AUGAACGCGCAGCUGACCAUGGAGGCGAUCGGCGAGCUGCACGGGGUGAGCCAUGAGCCGGUGCCCGCCCCUGCCGACCUGCUGGGCGGCAGCCCCCACGGCGGCGAUUACCACCACCACCACCGGGCCCCCGAGCACAGCCUGGCCGGCCCCCUGCACCCCACUAUGACCAUGGCCUGCGAGACUCCCCCAGGUAUGAGCAUGCCCACCACCUACACCACCUUAACCCCUCUGCAGCCGCUGCCGCCGAUCUCCACAGUCUCGGACAAGUUCCCCCACCAUCACCACCACCACCAUCACCACCACCACCCGCACCACCACCAGCGCCUGGCGGGCAACGUGAGCGGUAGCUUCACGCUCAUGCGAGAUGAGCGCGGGCUGGCCUCCAUGAAUAACCUCUAUACCCCCUACCACAAGGACGUGGCCGGCAUGGGCCAGAGCCUCUCGCCCCUCUCCAGCUCCGGUCUGGGCAGCAUCCACAACUCCCAGCAAGGGCUCCCUCACUAUGCCCACCCCGGCGCCGCCAUGCCCACCGACAAGAUGCUCACCCCCAACGGCUUCGAAGCCCACCACCCGGCCAUGCUCGGCCGCCACGGGGAACAGCACCUCACGCCCACCUCGGCCGGCAUGGUGCCCAUCAACGGCCUUCCUCCGCACCAUCCCCACGCCCACCUGAACGCCCAGGGCCACGGGCAGCUCCUGGGCACAGCCCGGGAGCCCAACCCUUCGGUGACUGGCGCGCAGGUCAGCAAUGGAAGUAAUUCAGGGCAGAUGGAAGAGAUCAAUACCAAAGAGGUGGCGCAGCGUAUCACCACCGAGCUCAAGCGCUACAGCAUCCCACAGGCCAUCUUCGCGCAGAGGGUGCUCUGCCGCUCCCAGGGGACCCUCUCGGACCUGCUGCGCAACCCCAAACCCUGGAGCAAACUCAAAUCCGGCCGGGAGACCUUCCGGAGGAUGUGGAAGUGGCUGCAGGAGCCGGAGUUCCAGCGCAUGUCCGCGCUCCGCUUAGCAGCAUGCAAAAGGAAAGAGCAAGAACACGGGAAGGAUAGAGGCAACACACCCAAAAAGCCCAGGUUGGUCUUCACAGAUGUCCAGCGUCGAACUCUACAUGCAAUAUUCAAGGAAAAUAAGCGCCCAUCCAAAGAAUUGCAAAUCACCAUUUCCCAGCAGCUGGGGUUGGAGCUGAGUACCGUCAGCAACUUCUUCAUGAACGCCAGGAGGAGGAGUCUGGACAAGUGGCAGGACGAGGGCAGCUCCAAUUCAGGCAACUCAUCUUCUUCAUCAAGCACUUGUACCAAAGCAUGAAGGAAGAACCACGAACUGAAACCUCGGUGGAAAAGCUUUAAAUUAAAAAAAAUUUUUUUUAAGGACCAGGACCUCAAGAUAGCAGGUUUAUACUUAGAAAUAUUUGAAGAA